AUGGCUCACCAGGCGGCGGACCUGACGCAGGAGAACCCUUUCAACGUGACGAGCCUGGCCGAGCUGCGCAUCAGCUACCUGACCGACGUGCUGGUGAGGCUAGGCAACAAUGUCACGCGAGACGGCGCUGGCUGCGCAGCUGCAUCGAGCAUCCUGCCGCUGUCGAACCUGACCUUGCUCCAGAUCUCCGAGAAACACGACCGCGGCAUGAACCUCGGCGUCGGCGCCGACCCGGCCCGCCUCGACGUCGGCCUGCUCGACCUCGAGCGCUUCGCCGCCCAGGUCUUCCCCUACCCCCUCAACGCCUCGAGCGUCGGCGACGUCGCCGAGUGGUGGACCAACACGACGUCGCGCGACGGCGACAACGCCCGCGGCUUUCUCACCGCCGUCGUCAACAUGUGCGGCGGCACCUUCUGCCGGUCUGGCUACAUUGCCGUCGGGAAUCCCGAUAUUGUCGGCAUCGGGAUGCUCGUCGCGGUCACGACGCUCCUCUUCCUCGCCUCGGCCUUUUCGCUCAUGGCGCUCGGCCCGCUCGUCUCGGCCGUCAAGCGACGGUCCAAGAAGGAACGGUUCAGCUUCCGGGCAGCCUGCAUCGGCACCGUCGACGAGCUGUUCAACGCCGUCUUUGUCUUCGCCAUCGCGGUACUCGUGUCGACGUACGCGUUCCGCUACCGCCAGGCCGACUCGCGCUUCGACGCGCUCAUGGCCGACGCCCUGUCCAUGUUCUGCAGCACCGCCGCCAUAAUGCUGGCCGCCACGUACUGGGCACACAAUCGCCUUCGCCCGCAUGCCACCUUGUCGGUGCUGCUGCUCGCCAUCCUGACCAUCGUUCUCUUCGCCACGCACUCGACCGUCGCCAACCGCCACGCCAGCCCGGCCGAGCUGGCCUGCGGCACCGGCACCGGCCGCGUCGGCGCCCUCAGCGGCGACCCCUUCGACAUGAAGGGCUUCAACUUCAUCCCCGUGGCCUUUGGCUCGUGGUGCCUGGCCCUGCUCGGCAUCGCCAUCCACCACCCGUUCGUGCGCGACCGCUGCAAGCCCAAGGACUCCUCCCCAGACGCCAGUGCCCGCGAGCGCCGGCGCACCCGCGCGCGCCUCGCCUUCUGGCACCUGGGCGAGUCCGUCACGCCCGUAUUCGGGUUUAUCGGCCUCGUCAUCUACGGCGUCUACUUCUUCCACACGUGGCGCCUGAUGAAGGACACGUACGGCGACGCCUUCACCCGCAGCCUCGUCAACUGGGGCUUCGGCCAGUACCUGGCCGUCUUCACGUGGCUGCCGCCCGCGCUGACCUUUUUCCACCUCUUCAUCGGGAAGUCAUCGAUGGAAACCGUCUUCGAGACCCGCCUGCCCAAGGACUACGUCGUGCUGUUCCGCCAGGACGCCGCCGGCGACGUCGAGCUGGUGGCAAAGCCCGACCCCGAAAAGGCCGGCUCGUCGUCCUUUGUUCAUAGCAGUGGCGGCGGCGACGGUAGCGGAGCUGCUGACUUGAAGGCCGCGACGCACCUAGCCAUGGAUCCUGUGCCGUCGCCGCUAACGCCGUCGCCGCUGCCGAGGAACCCGAGGAGCGUCGAGCUGGGGCGUCCCGGGUGA